AUGCCCAAGUUUAUGGGUCGAGCCGAUGGGACCGUGUUUGCCUGGUGCCCGGCACUUCAUCUACUAUGUGUCCUGAUGUAUCGAAUGUCGCUUUGGGUGUAUCGACCGAACGGAGAGCGUAUCUACGCCAUCAACAAUCGACUGCCCAUUCGCAGUGUACGGUUCGCUGAUGAUGGCUUGAAAUUUGCCGUACUGGGAGAUGACAACAAGAUUAAGAUAUACGAUCUGAAUACCGGCGAGCUUUGUGGAGAGCUCAAUGGUGAGUUUGACAAUAUUCGGGCUAUUGAUUGGCACCACAUCACUUCUAAAGCUCGAAGACCUGAGGACACUGGACUUGACAAAUAUCAGAAGCUCAUCGAGGUUGAUUUGGUCCUGCAACUACCUCGACUUCUGGAUGAGAUGGUUUCUACAGAUUCGAUUGAUUAUAUUGUAGUGGCGGAUGCUGCGAACGUGGGAUAUACAUUUGAUGGCCUUCUCAAUGUCACCUGCCGACUGGGUUAUUCUUUUGUUGAUCACUUACAAAAUGGUGACUUUUUCACUCAGGUAUUUGUGAAUGACACCAAUCAAUUGGUCCCAGUCUUGACUCAACUCGAGGACGCUGAACAGAGGAAUCACUUUAUGAAAGUUGUGCGGAAGCUUUGUCAGCUUCUCAAGUACAAGAAGGCUAUGAAGGAGCUGUGGGAUAAUGCACUCAAAGAAGUGGACCCGUUUAUUGCAGCGUUAGAUCGAUACCUUGGUCUCCUUCGAGAUGAACUUGACCCGGAAUGUCAAGGGGUGCCACAAAAUGUUACAACGAGUUAUUUCGAAGAAUACGUGAUCACCGGUCUAGUAGACCCAGUGACAAAAGAUUUUUGGUUGAACCAAAUGGGCGAAAGAGGUUAUAAACUACUAUCCAAACUCGCUUCACAAUGCUACGAUAAUUUAGCGCAUACGAUAUUCAGUCAGGUUGUAAUUGCGCUUGAACGGAUCCUCAUAAUUGCUCAAGAUCUUUUUGGGCUAUGUCGUUGGGUUGCUGAUUCCGAAUCGCCGUUCCGGUUUGGAUUAAAUGAGUCCGUACUCAAGGAACUUGUGACGUCAACUCAGAAGCAGAUAGUUGAGGUAUUCGAGCUAUUGCGUCAACUUAAUGUCGACAAGACAAGGUUUUUCACAUGGUUAGAAUGGAUCAAGUUUGAGUUUAUCGAUAAGCUCGCUAAAGAAGAUGAGAUUCAGCAAUAUUAUCAAUUGAAUGGACCUGAAGUCAAACUUUGUGACAUUUUGAAGUUUUUACAAAACCAAAUGGGAGCUUCUACAUUGUUUCAGUGGUUUCCCAUUCUGACACAAUUAUCCUUUUUCGAACCUACAAUCCUUAAUGGAUCAUAUCGUACUCUAGUGGACACGUCCAAGCUCAUCACAGAUUUUCAAGAGUUUUUUGGGCAAGUCUUUUAUCUUGGCACCGCUAUUGAGUUGAGUGUGAGCAGGCCUCACCUUUUGAUGAACGAGACUGACAUCGUUGCUGUUUCCACACACGAAUCUAUACUUGAAAUUGCCAAAUUUGAUCCAGUACUCUUGACAGCAAGCCCCACGCUCAAGCUAGUCCUACCCAGACCUUCACUUGAGGUACAGCUUACAAACUCGCAUAUUGUCGUCAUGACUACAGUAGAGAUACUACGCUUGGCAUACGGUGAAAUUUUAAAUGACGACAUCAACUUCCAAGUUGUCCAUCAAAUCCAGCUAGCAAAUCCCCUGCGAUUGGCAAUCGAUGAAUCUCAGGGUUGUGUGCUUGGCACCAAUCAUCAAGACUACGAGGUUUUUCGGUUCGAGAGCUUGUAA